AUGAACCUUACUUUUUCUUUAUUCAUGGUUAUAUUUGGAGUUCUUUUACUACUAUUUUUUUUUUUUUUAAAAAAAAGAAGUUUUCUAAUGUUGUUUUUAGUUCACACUUGCUGUUAGAGAGGAAAGAUGAAGGUCAACGUCUAUACACAUACAUACAUGGCUACUAUAUCGAUAUCUCCUCUGAACUUACUGUUAUCUGAAGAUUUUCUUCGUGAGCUCUAGUUUUUAAACUACGUUAAUCACUUUAAUGAAGCCUAAAUCAUCAUCAUCAUCUUCUUCUUCGCAUUGUACUUCAUCUGAUUUUACAAAUAAAGCUUCGGGUCCCCUGGAUCCAAAAACACAUUCAGAAUUCAAAUUUUAUGAGUUCAACAUUCAGGGUUCUUAGCAUUGAACACUAUCAUAUCUCUCAAGUCAUGGGUUCAUGUCUACUAUUCUGUUACAAUUUUUGUGGAUUUUCUUACUUGUAAAUCUUGCUCUGCAUUAAAAUUACUGGAUCCAGAUGAACUCGGCGUCGAUGUGCUACAUCCGCCUCUGCUAUGAUCCUUGAUUCACAUUUGCCAGAAGUAGAUUGCAGGGAAAUAAGGAAGGAUGGCACACUUUCUGCUACAUGGUACUCUUCAUGUUACUAUAUUCGAGGUUGAUAGGCUUCAUACUACUUUGGGAAGAGACAUUUUCAAUACGGUGGUGCAAGGCAUUGAGGGAGCUAUUGGCAUCAAAAAGGUAGCGUCAAUAAUGUAUGCAACCAUUGAUCUUGGAAAAGCCAGAGUUGGCAGAACCAGAAUGCUGGAUGAACACAAAAAUCCACGGUGGUAUGAGUCAUUCCACAUUUACUGUGCCCAUGUGGCUUCCAAUGUCAUAUUCACUGUCAAAGUUCAAAAUACAAUUGGAGCAGAAGUCGUUGGAAGAGCUUACUUUCCAGUUCAACAACUGCUAGAUGGAGAAGUCGUAGAUGAAUGGCUUGAAAUCCUCGAUACAGAACGAAAGCCCGUGCAGGGACACUCUAAAAUCCAUGUGAAGUUGCGGUUUUUUGAUGUCACAAGGGAAUAUAAUUGGAAUAGAGGGAUAAAGGUCACAAGGUUUCCUGGAGUUCCUUACACAUUCUUUAGUCAAAGACAAGGAUGCAGGGUUACUCUUUACCAAGAUGCUCAUGUUCCUGAUAACUUCAUCCCGAAAAUCCCUCUUUCUGGUGGAAAGUUUUAUGAGCCACAACGAUGUUGGGAAGACAUUUUUGAUGCCAUCACUAAUGCAAAGCAUUUGAUUUACAUAACUGGAUGGUCUGUUUAUACCGAAAUCACUUUGAUAAGGGACAAGAGAAGACCAAAGCCUGGUGGAGACUUGUCACUCGGCGAAUUGCUUAAGAAAAAAGCUAAUGAAGGUGUGAGAGUUCUAAUGUUGAUCUGGGAUGAUAGGACAUCGGUUCCUGUGUUGCAACAAGAUGGGCUAAUGGCAACUCAUGAUAAAGAAACUGCUAAUUUUUUUCGAGGCACUCAAGUAAAUUGUGUGUUGUGUCCUCGAAAUCCUGAUGAUGGACGGAGCAUUAUUCAAAAUAUAGAGAUUGGGACAAUGUUUACUCAUCAUCAAAAGAUUGUAGUUGUUGAUGGAGAAUUACCUAAUGGAGACAGGGAAAGGAGGAGAAUUGUGAGUUAUAUUGGUGGGAUUGAUCUUUGUGAUGGCAGGUAUGAUACACAAUUUCAUUCCCUUUUCAGGACUUUGAACACAACACAUCAUGAUGAUUUUCACCAACCAAAUUUCACUGGUACCUCAAUUCAAAAAGGUGGACCAAGAGGGCCUUGGCACGAUAUCCAUUGUCGAAUAGAAGGGCCAGCUGCUUGGGAUGUGCUCUUCAAUUUUGAACAGAGGUGGAGGAAGCAAGGUGGAAAGGACUUGCUUAUAAACCUAAGGGAUAUUGAUACUAUAAUCAUACCACCUUCACCGGUUAUGUAUCCUGAUGAUCAUGACACAUGGAAUGUUCAAGUUUUUCGAUCAAUCGAUGGAGGAGCAGCUUAUGGCUUCCCAAAUGCUCCAGAGGAGGCAGCCAAGUCUGGUCUUAUAAGUGGAAAGGAAAACAUCAUUGAUCGAAGCAUACAAGAUGCAUAUAUUAAUGCCAUUCGUCGAGCAAAGAAUUUCAUUUACAUCGAAAACCAAUACUUCUUAGGCAGCUGCUUUUCGUGGUACUCCAAUGAUAUCAAGGAUGAAGACAUUAAUGCUCUACAGGUGAUCCCAAAGGAGUUGUCUUUAAAGAUAGUUAGCAAAAUUGAAGCAAGGGAAAGGUUCACAGUUUAUGUUGUGGUUCCAAUGUGGCCAGAAGGCCUUCCGGAGAGUGCAUCUGUACAAGCAAUACUGGAUUGGCAAAGGAGGACCAUGCAAAUGAUGUACACUGAUAUAAUUCAAGCUCUAAAAGUCAAACGAAUUGUUGCAAAUCCUAAGGAUUACUUGGGUUUUUUUUGCCUUGGCAAUAGGGAAACAAAGAAGAGAGGAGAAUAUGAGCCUUUUGAAUCACCUGAACCCGAUUCAGACUAUAGAAAAGCUCAAGAAGCCAGACGUUUCAUGAUUUAUGUACAUUCCAAAAUGAUGAUAGUGGAUGAUGAAUACAUUAUUGUUGGAUCAGCUAACAUAAAUCAAAGGUCGAUGGAUGGUGCAAGAGACUCAGAAAUAGCAAUGGGAGCCUACCAACCAUUUCAUCUAUGUGCGACGGAGCCAGCUAGGGGUCAGGUUCACGGGUUCCGAAUGGCAUUGUGGUACGAGCACUUGGGCGUAUUAGACACAAGUUUCCUUCAUCCAGAGAGUCUACAAUGCAUCCGAAAGGUGAACAAAAUUGGUGAUAAAUAUUGGGAUAUAUAUUCAAGUGAAAGCCUCAUUCAUGACUUGCCUGGGCACCUUCUUUCUUACCCUAUUGGUGUUACUGAAAAUGGAGAGGUUACUGAAAUACCUGGAACACAAUUCUUUCCCGACACCAAGGCACCUGUUGUUGGCACCAAAUCUAAUUUUCUUCCUUCCAUCCUCACAACCUAAAGGCUGAACCUUCAACUUUUAUUUUUUUUUCAUUCAUUCUCUUAACAUAUAACUAUUAUGAUUUCUAUAUAUUCAACAGCGCGUGCGGCCCAACAUGUUAAUUUUAAUUUCAAUUUAUGUGAAAUAAAUAAAAUUUAAAUAAUUAAUUAUAUU